GCACACGCAAGCACAUCAAAUCACGCACAAGAAGAAGCUCACAGCUUUUUCCCUCCCUCAUUUGCAUCCCGCGAACCCCCACCAAGCACACCUCCCCCAACUUUAAAGAUGAAGCUGACCUUUGCCCUUGUGGCUGCCGCAGCCAUCCUGGCUUGUGCCACCGCCCAAGACAUCUUUGGCGUGUGGACUGGCCCCGUGUCCCCUGGAUCAGACUGCUCCAUUCUCGGAGAGUUCCGUGAGACGUCCUUCUUCACCAUCAUUUCUGGCGAAGAAUCGAGUGGCUGUGCCAGCGGCAUCUUCAUUGGUUCCCUGACCGUGACCAGCCCCGCCUCUGGCUCCUCUGCCGAUACGUCCAUCAUCAUCACCUAUGUCGAGGUGCCCGACUUUGCCACGGACCAAAUCUCUCCUGGCGACACUUUUGUCUUUGACAUCUACCUCAGUGGCGACACCAUGACCCUGCGCAACGACUACUUUGAGACCCAGGGGCUCUGGCCAACAGGCGGCCUCGUCCUCACCACAUACCCCGCUUGGCCCAUCAACGGCUACUGGGAUGGAAACGACACCAGCCUCCUCUACAUCAACAACGGCCUCUACCUUCGUGCCUCGGCUUUCGGCGAGGGCGGAGAAGGCUCGAGUGCGGGCGUUGUUGAGAUGACGGGCAAUACCGACGAGUACAUGAGCCGCAUCGUCGGCUCCGUCAGCGACAUUGAGGGUGACACCUACACCUUCACCAUGCCAUCGAGCGGCGACACGCGUCUUCUUGACUUCUCGGACCCAGCUGACAUGAAUGGCUUCCUGCUCACCAAGAACGAGGAUGACGAGUUCAACGGCAUCUACUAUGGCGUGAGCCCUGCCCAGGGCGAGGACUGCAUGCAAUCCACCGACUUCAACAACGGCAUUUUCCGCGCCUUCCGCUUCCAGUGCGACGACAGCAUCUCCGACGAUGGCCUUCGCGUCUCUGCCUACAUUGGCCGCUACACUGUGUCUGGCAAUCAGAUGCGUCUCCUCUACACGUACGCCGCCCCCGAUGACGAUCUGGCCGGUGCCGAGGUUGUGUUUACGUACACCAGGUCCGGUCGCCAGCUCACGCUCACUGGCUCCGUUGGUGGCUCUGACGAGUUCACCAUCACCAUGAACCGUGCCGAUCGCGCCCCAGCUGCCACCGUUGUAAACAUCACUGUUUCCGGCGAUGUCAACACCUUUGAUGCGGACGCUUUUCUUGCCGGCCUCGCUCAAGUGCUCGAUAUCCCAGUCAACACGAUUGAGGUUGUCUCCAUCUCCCCCGGCAGCGUCGUCGUCGUGGUUGCGAUCCGGGAGGAUGCCUCCGACUCCUCGGCCCCGAGCCUCAGCACCAUCAUCAAGCGCAUCGAGGCUGUUCCGGCCGGCACCAGCAUCGGCGGCUACGGCCUCGAGUCUGCCCAAGCCAGCCGCGACCCAGGUUCCACCUCGGCUGCGUCCGUCGCCACCACCUCGUGGUUCGCCGCUGCCAUCCUCUUCAUGGCCGUGGUUUCCCAGCUGCUGGCCUAAGGGCUGGGAUGUGAAGCUUCGCAACGCGCAGAGCUGUUGGCCUCGAAGGAGGGAUACCACCUUUGCCUCUCUCUGCCGUUUGCGCCCUGCUGUCCUUGCGCGCCGUGCUUUGCGAACCCCUGUGUUCAGCGUUACACUGCCUGCUUGCUUGUUCGCUGUGGCAUGCGUGCGUGUGGCAUGUCUGUGUUUGUGUGUUUGUGUGUUUGUGUGUGUGUGUGUGCGUGUGUGUACUUGUCUCUGUGCGUGUCUCCCGAUGAUGUCGUGUCAUCUCUACCGCGUACGACCAGUCAUCAUACACCCCUCAAAGCGA